UUUCAUUACUUCUUGAGUCUAUGAUCUUGUGAGUCACCCAGGAACCUCCCAGUAGAGGUGACGGGCGGUGCUGGAAGCUGCAGCUGUCACUAACAUAACGUUCACUCGCAUGUUGCACCUCUCACUCUGACAGCCAUGGAUCCCGGUGAAGAAGGAGAGGGAGGAGGGGGUGGUCUUGAAGCUGUUGGUGCAGUAGCAGAUGUGGAAACGGUUGUAUGCUAUGUAAAACGUGUAGGAUCUGUUAUGCUGGAAGAUGAUGAUGAACCAUCUGUUGAACUUCAGACAGCGCUUAAUGCUCCACAGUACUUGGAGGUUAUUCGGAAAUUUAUUGGAGACCCGCAAACAAAAUCACUUCUCAUACAAAGAUGUGCCACAAAAGAAGAAACAGAAGAAGGUGGAGAGAUGGAAGAAGAAAAGGAAGUAGUGUAUCAUAUCUCAAGUGGUGUACAUUUUACCUCAAUAAAAAUGAAUAGUAUCCUGUUUAUCAAGAGAGGUGGGGUAAUUGAAGCAGACAAAUCCAUCUUGUCUCAGAUACGCACUUUGAACCUGAGUGAUGGCUCGCCAUAUGAGACACUCCAUGCAAUUGUAGCAAAUGCUGUUGCUCCAUACUUUAAAUCGUUUGUUAAAGAAUCUGGAAAGAUAGAGAGAGAUGGAGACAAGAUGGCACCAUCUGUUGAAAAAAAGAUUGCAGAGUUAGAAAUGGGCCUUCUGCAUUUACAACAAAACAUUGAUAUCCCUGAUAUAUCUUUGCCCAUCCAUCCAACUGUAGCACAGGUUAUCAAGAAGUGUGCUGAUGAAGGAACACGUCCAAAGGUUGCCGACUUUGGCGAUAGAGUUGAAGAUUCAAAUUUCCUUAACCAGCUGCAAAAUGGAGUGGCUAGAUGGAUCAGGGAAAUUCAGAAGGUAACCAAGCUGGAUAGAGAUCCAUCUAGUGGUACAGCUCUUCAGGAGAUAAGCUUCUGGCUCAACUUAGAAAGGGCCUUACUGAAGAUACAAGAUAAGCGAGAGAGUUUAGAGGUGGCUCUUACUCUGGAUGUUUUGAAGCAUGGAAAGCGUUUUCAUGCUACAGUUUCAUUUGAUACUGAUACUGGUUUGAAGCAAGCAUUAGCAACAGUCAAUGACUAUGCACCUCUUAUGAAGGAUUUCCCAUUAAAUGAUCUUUUGGCAGCCACAGAGUUAGAGAAAAUUCGCUCUGCAGUACAAGCUAUCUUUAACCACCUUAGGAAGAUUAGAUCAACAAAAUAUCCUAUUCAGAGAGCUUUAAGACUGGUGGAGGCUAUAUCAAGAGACUUGUCUUCACAGAUCCUCAAGGUUCUUGGGACUCGCCGUCUCAUGCACAUUGCAUUUGAGGAGUUUGAAAAAGUGAUGAGUCAGUGUUUUGACGUGUUCAUUACUUGGGAUGACGAAUAUGAAAAACUUCAGGGUCUUCUUCGAGAUAUUGUGAAGAAGAAGAGAGAUGAACAGCUGAAGAUGGUAUGGCGAGUAUCUCCUGCACAUAAAAGGUUGCAGUUGCGUAUGGAACAAAUGCGCAAAUUUCGUCGUCAGCAUGAACAGCUACGAACUGUCAUAGUGAGGGUUCUUCGGCCAACUGUGGUCAAGACGACAACUUUGGCAGAUGGUGAUACAGCAGAACUCAAACCAGAGAUGGAUGCAGCUGAUUUAAAUGCCAUUGAGGAGGUUAAUCUAGCCUAUGAAAAUGUUAAAGAAGUUGACGGACUUGAUAUUAGCAAAGAGGGUACAGAAAUGUGGGAAGCGGCUCUGAAGCGUUACGAUGAGCGCAUUGACCGUGUAGAGACUCGCAUCACUGCUCGCCUGAGAGACCAGUUGGGUACAGCCAAGAAUGCCAAUGAGAUGUUCCGCAUAUUUUCCCGUUUUAACGCCUUGUUUGUGCGUCCUCACAUUCGAGGUGCCAUUAGAGAAUAUCAGACUCAGCUCAUUCAGCGAGUGAAGGAUGACAUUGAGAGCCUUCAUGAAAAGUUUAAGGUUCAGUAUCCUCAAAGCAAAUCAUGUCGAAUGAGUCAUGUUCGAGACAUUCCUCCUGUAUCGGGCUCCAUUAUAUGGGCCAAACAGAUAGAUCGUCAACUAACUGCUUACAUGAGGAGAGUAGAGGAUGUUCUAGGCAAGGGAUGGGAGAGCCAUGUUGAAGGACAGAAGCUUAAAGGAGAUGGAGAUUCUUUCAGGCUCAAGUUGAAUACUCAAGAUAUAUUUGAUGACUGGGCAAGAAAGGUUCAGCAGCGCAAUUUGGGUGUCUCAGGCCGCAUCUUUGCAAUAGAAAUGCAUCGAUCAAAGACUGGUAAAGGAAAUGAGUGCAAAUUAAAAGUAAAUUUUCUGCCUGAAAUCAUCACACUUUCCAAGGAGGUUCGGAACCUGAAAAAUCUUGGCUUCAGGGUGCCGUUAGCUAUUGUUAACAAAGCACAUCAAGCCAAUCAACUGUAUCCAUUUGCAAUUUCCCUCAUAGAGAGUGUUCGCACUUAUGAAAGAACUUUGGAGAAGCUGUUGUCGCGGGGUGGACCACACAGCCCUGCCAUCAAAGCGUCCUUGUUGAUGGAAGACAAGACCAACAUACUGCUGCUUGUAGCAGGAAUGAGGAAGGAGGUUCAGGGAUUGGUUUCAGAGGGUAUGUCAUUGGUUUGGGAGUCGUACAAAUUGGACCCCUAUGUACAACGUCUUGCAGAGUGUGUCUUCAGCUUCCAAGAGAAGGUGGAUGACUUGCUUGUACUGGAAGAACAGCUAGAUAUUGAUGUGAGGUCACUCGAUACUUGCCAGUAUGCACAUUUCACAUUUGCCGAGAUUCUCAACAAGAUCCAGAAAGCUGUAGACGACUUGUCAUUGCAUCAGUACUCCAACCUUCACAUUUGGGUGCAGCGACUUGAUGAACAGGUUGAGAAAAAGUUGGCAGGACGUCUUCAGGCUGGUAUGCAGGCAUGGACUUCAGCACUGCAGGGGCAGAGACAGAAAGAUGAGGAUAUUGACAUUCCUAUGGAUACUGAUACACCAGACAAACCAACUCAUAAACCAGGAGGAGAUCCAAAGAUUACUCAAGUUGUGCAAGAAGUUCGUAUCACCAACCAGACAAUGUACAUGCAUCCAACCAUUGAAGAAGCACGUUAUCAAAUCAUGCAGCAGUUUUUCAGUUGGCAAGCAAUAGUGACCAGCCAAAAUCGUAUACAGAGUACACGCUACCAGGUUGGUUUAGAUCGCCCAACUACUCAGGUAUACAGGAAUUUGCUAACCAAGCUUCCUGAUGAGCAUGUAUACAUAAAAGCUGCUUAUCAUGCUGUUGACAUGGUUGUAUUUGAGGUGACCAACUAUGUUAAAGAGUGGUUGCAGUAUCAAGCACUCUGGGAUUUGCAGCCUGACCAUCUGUAUGGUCAGCUUGGAGAAGAUGUUGCCAAGUGGAUGAAGUUACUGCAAGACAUCAAACAGUGCCGAACAACCUUUGAUACUUCAGACACGAGACGCAGCUUUGGUCCUAUUGUGGUGGAUUACACAAAGGUUCAAAGCAAAGUGUCUCUGAAGUAUGAUUCAUGGCACAAAGAUGUUCUUAGCAAAUUUGGUCAACUUCUUGGACAAGAGAUGACACAUUUCCAUGCACAAGUAUCAAAAAGUAGGAGUGAGCUGGAACAACAGAGCAUUGAUGCAGCUAGUACCUCUGAUGCUGUAACACUCAUCACAUAUGUACAAUCAUUGAAGCGCAAGAUGAAAUCCUGGGAGAAACACGUUGAUAUGUACAAAGAGGGCCAACGUAUAUUGGAGCGUCAAAGGUUCCAGUUCCCAAAUCAGUGGCUUCAUGUUGACAACAUUGAAGGUGAAUGGGGAGCCUUUAAUGAGAUCAUUCGACGCAAAGAUUCUAGCAUUCAGACACAGGUGGCAUCACUGCAACUGAAGAUUGUUGCUGAAGACAAAGCUGUGGAAUCCAGAACAAAUGAUUUCCUUCAAGACUGGGAGCAUGGAAAACCUGUCGAAGGACACUUGCGUCCAGAUGAGGCUCUGCAACGUCUCACACUGUACGAAAGUAAGUUUACACGAUUAAAGGAUGAUCGUGAUAAUGUUGCCAAGGCCAAGGAAGCCUUGGAAUUACAAGAACCAGGUGCUCUUAAUACUUCGGAAGACCGAAUGACAGUGGCAUUUGAAGAACUUCAAGAUCUUAAAGGUGUUUGGGCUGAGCUAGCUAAGAUUUGGGAGCAGAUUGAUGAGAUGAAAGAGAAGCCUUGGUUGUCAGUACAACCACGUAAGCUUCGAGCCCAGCUGGAUCACCUCCUCACUCAGAUGAAGGACUUGCCUGCUCGUUUGCGUCAGUAUUCAAGCUACGAGUUUGUCAAGAGGCUUCUACAGGGUUACACCAAAGUAAACAUGACUAUUGUUGAAUUGAAGAGUGAUGCCCUCAAGGAAAGGCAUUGGAAGACCUUGAUGAAGCAGUUGCAUGUCAACUGGGUGUUGAGUGACCUUACUUUGGGACAAGUUUGGGAUGUUGACCUAAUGAGGAAUGAAGCUGUUAUAAAGAAUGUUAUUAUUACUGCUCAAGGAGAAAUGGCAUUGGAAGAGUUCCUCAAACAGGUGCGUGAAUCUUGGCAGAGCUAUGAGCUGGACCUCAUCAACUAUCAGAAUAAAUGUAAACUUAUUCGAGGCUGGGAUGACCUUUUCAAUAAGGUCAAGGAGCACAUAAAUUCCGUGGCAGCCAUGAAACUCUCUCCAUACUACAGAGAGUUUGAGGAAGAAGCACUCACUUGGGAAGAAAAGCUGAAUCGCAUUAAUGCAGUGUUUGACGUUUGGAUUGAUGUUCAGCGACGAUGGGUGUAUCUUGAGGGAAUCUUCUCUGGCUCUUCGGACAUCAAAGCCCUAUUACCAGUAGAAACAUCACGUUUUGGCAGUAUUAGCACAGAGUUCUUAAACCUGAUGAAGAAGGUCAGUAAAUCUCCUAUGGUGAUGGAUGUGCUGAAUAUUCAAGGCGUUCAGCGUUCCUUAGAGCGUUUGGCAGAUCUUCUGGGCAAAAUUCAGAAGGCACUUGGAGAGUAUUUAGAGCGAGAGAGGUCCUCAUUCCCAAGAUUCUACUUUGUGGGAGAUGAGGAUUUGCUGGAAAUCAUUGGUAAUAGCAAGAACAUUCCUCGCCUUCAGAAGCACUUCAAGAAAAUGUUUGCUGGUGUUACUGCUAUCAACCUUGAUGAAACUGAAACUAUUGUCACUGGGAUUGCUUCCCGUGAAGGUGAAAUGGUACCAUUCAACAAGGUAGUUUCAACAGUGGACUAUCCAAAAAUCAAUGAGUGGCUUAAGCAAGUGGAAUAUGAGAUGCGCAUGACACUUGCCCAAAAUUUAGCAGCAGCUGUUGCAGAUAUCAAGCAGUUUAAACAUGGUCCCAUUGACACAGCAAGCUAUCUUCAAUGGUGUGACAAAUAUCAAGCACAACUUGUUGUAUUGGCUGCGCAGAUCUCUUGGAGUGAAGAGGUGGAAGCUGGGCUGUCUGCAGCUGCUAAUGGUGACAUGGGUCCCUUACAACAGACAUUGGCACAGGUUGAAGCAACUCUGACUGUAUUGGCAGACUCUGUUCUCCAGGAACAGCCUCUCCUGAGGCGCAAAAAAUUAGAGCACUUGAUAAGUGAAUUUGUUCACAAGAGGACUGUAACUAGAAAUCUGAUCAAGAAUAAAGUGGUGAAUCCCAAGUCAUUUGAUUGGCUAUGCCAGAUGAGAUUCUACUUCGACCCCAAGCAAAAUGAUCCUCUAAAGCAACUGAGCAUCCAUAUGGCCAAUGCAAAAUUCAACUAUGGAUUUGAGUACCUAGGUGUACAGGAUAAACUUGUACAGACACCACUAACAGAUCGUUGCUAUCUCACCAUGACACAAGCUCUUGAAGCCCGUUUAGGAGGCUCACCCUUUGGACCUGCUGGCACAGGCAAAACAGAAUCUGUUAAGGCACUUGGCAACCAGCUUGGUCGCUUUGUGCUAGUCUUCAACUGUGAUGAGACCUUCGACUUCCAAGCAAUGGGGCGCAUCUUUGUUGGGCUUUGCCAGGUUGGAGCUUGGGGAUGCUUCGAUGAGUUCAACCGUUUGGAGGAGAGAAUGUUAUCAGCCGUGUCCCAGCAAAUACAGACUAUACAAGAAGCAUUAAAAGACAAAGCUGGAGAAAAAUCUGGGUCCCAGGUGUUCACUGUUGAGCUGGUGGGCAAGCAGGUCAAAGUUUCAACGGAUAUGGCUAUCUUCAUCACCAUGAACCCUGGCUAUGCUGGCCGUUCGAACCUACCUGAUAAUCUGAAGAAGCUGUUCCGUUCCCUGGCAAUGACCAAACCUGACCGACAGCUUAUUGCUGAGGUCAUGCUCUUCAGUCAGGGCUUCAGAUCAGCCGAAAAGCUUGCUAGCAAAAUUGUUCCUUUCUUUAAGCUAUGUGAUGAGCAGCUAUCCAAUCAGUCUCACUAUGAUUUUGGUUUGCGAGCCUUGAAAUCUGUGCUUGUGUCUGCUGGUAAUGUUAAACGUGACCGUAUUCAGCGAAUCAAGGAGGGUUUGAGGAGUCGUGAAGAUGCACUUAUUGAUGAGGGAACUAUAGCAGAGAACCUUCCUGAGCAAGAGAUUUUGAUUCAGAGUGUAUGUGAGACCAUGGUUCCAAAGCUUGUAGCAGAGGACAUACCAUUGCUAUUCUCUCUACUGUCAGAUGUAUUCCCAGGCAUUGAGUAUACUCGUGCACAGAUGACUGGACUAAAGGAUGAGAUUAGGAAGGUGUGUGCUGAACAGUUCCUGAUCUGUGGAGAAGGAGAAGAACAAGGAGCUCAUUGGAUGGAGAAGGGGAGUAUCCCUGGGGAGGGCUGGUGUGAGAAGGUACUGCAAUUAUAUCAAAUAAGCAAUUUGAACCAUGGCUUGAUGAUGGUGGGUCCCAGUGGAUCUGGGAAGUCUACUGCUUGGCGUGUUCUCCUCAGAGCUCUGGAACGCUUUGAGGGAGUGGAGGGUGUUGCUCAUGUCAUUGAUCCUAAGGCCAUGAGCAAAGAAACAUUAUAUGGUGUUCUGGAUCCAAAUACUCGAGAAUGGACAGAUGGGCUCUUUACCCACAUUCUAAGAAAGAUAAUUGACAAUGUGCGUGGAGAAAUCAACAAGCGGCAGUGGAUUAUCUUUGAUGGUGAUGUUGAUCCAGAAUGGGUUGAGAACUUGAACUCUGUACUGGAUGAUAACAAGUUGCUCACACUUCCUAAUGGAGAGCGAUUGUCAAUCCCACCAAAUGUCCGCAUUAUGUUUGAGGUUCAAGAUCUAAAGUAUGCAACACUGGCAACGGUCUCACGUUGUGGCAUGGUAUGGUUCUCGGAGGAUGUGCUGUCAGUGGAGAUGAUCUUUGAGAACUUCCUUGCUCGCCUUUCCAACAUUCCUAUUGAAGAGACAGAAGAAGAUGCUGCUUUCAUGAAGAAAGCUGAGAAGAAGAAAGAUGAUGACAUUACACCAACACUGCAGGUUCAGCGUGAUGUUGCAGCUAUUUUUGCACCACAUUUAACACCUGAUGGUUUGGUUGUUAAGUGUCUUGAAUAUGCCACCAACAACUUGGAACACAUAAUGGACUUCACCCGAAUGCGUGCUUUGUCCUCACUCUUUGCUCUCCUAAAUCAAGCUGUGAGGAAUGUUGUACAGUACAACAACACCCAUCUAGAUUUCCCAAUGCAGUCAGAUCAGCUUGAGAGGUACAUUCCAAAGGCUUUGGUACACUCGCUACUAUGGAGUUUUGCUGGUGAUGGCAAACUGAAAGCACGUAGCGAUAUGGGCGACUUCAUUCGUAACUGUACUACUAUUCCUCUGCCACCCAACAUAAACACCCCUGUCAUUGACUAUGAGGUGUCCAUCAGUGGUGAAUGGAUGUUAUGGUCUGCAAAGGUUCCUAGUAUGGAGGUUGAAACACACAAGGUUGCUGCGCCAGAUGUGGUGGUUCCCACUGUUGACACAGUGCGUCACGAAGCUCUCCUCUAUACUUGGCUUGCUGAACACAAGCCAUUAGUUUUGUGUGGUCCUCCUGGAUCAGGUAAAACUAUGACACUCUUCUCGGCUUUGAGAGCUUUGCCUGAUUUGGAAGUUGUUGGAUUAAACUUCUCCAGUGCAACAACCCCAGAGCUGCUUCUCAAGACAUUUGACCACUAUUGUGAAUACCGUAAGACACCAAAUGGCAUAAUCCUAUCACCUGUUCAGUUGGGCAAGUGGUUGGUGGUAUUUUGCGAUGAAAUAAACCUUCCAGACAUGGACAAAUAUGGCACCCAGCGGGUUAUUAGCUUCCUUCGGCAAAUGGUGGAACAUGGUGGAUUUUACCGAGUGUCAGAUCAAGCUUGGGUCAAGUUGGAACGUAUCCAGUUCGUAGGUGCUUGCAAUCCACCAACGGACCCUGGACGUAAGCCUCUCUCCCAUCGCUUCUUGCGCCAUGUACCUGUUGUGUAUGUGGACUAUCCAGGAGAGACUUCUCUAAAGCAGAUUUAUGGUACUUUCAACAGAGCCAUGCUGCGGAUCAUUCCAUCCCUCAGAUCAUAUGCAGAUCCACUCACAAAUGCUAUGGUAGAAUUUUAUCUUCAGUCUCAGGAGAGGUUUACUCAAGACAUGCAGCCCCACUAUGUAUACUCUCCACGAGAGAUGACUCGCUGGGUUCGUGGAAUUUGUGAGGCAAUUAGACCACUGGAGACUCUUGAUGUGGAGGGUCUAGUGAGGUUGUGGGCGCAUGAAGCCCUUAGGCUUUUCCAUGACCGUUUGGUUACUAACGAUGAACGCAAGUGGACAAAUGAGAAUGUUGAUGCAAUCGCACUCAAGCACUUCCCAAACAUUGAUAGUGAAAGAGCACUGCUGCGUCCUAUCCUGUACUCUAACUGGCUGUCCAAGGAUUAUCUUCCGGUUGAUCAGGAAGAACUCAGGGACUACGUCAAGGCCAGGCUCAAGGUAUUCUAUGAAGAGGAAUUGGAUGUGCCAUUAGUGCUGUUUAAUGAAGUCUUGGAUCAUGUUCUCCGUAUUGAUCGAAUUUUCCGCCAGCCACAAGGCCAUCUCUUGCUUAUUGGAGCUUCAGGUGCUGGUAAAACAACAUUGUCUCGCUUUGUAGCUUGGAUGAAUGGCUUGUCCAUCUUCCAAAUCAAAGUUCACAACAAAUACACACCAGAGGACUUCGAUGAGGAUUUACGAGCUGUAUUGAGACGCUCUGGCUGUAAGGAUGAGAAAAUUUGCUUUAUCCUUGAUGAGUCAAAUGUGCUGGACUCCUCCUUCCUUGAGCGCAUGAAUACACUUUUAGCUAAUGGAGAAGUGCCAGGGUUGUUUGAGGGUGAUGAAUAUACAACACUUAUGACACAGUGUAAAGAGGGCAGUCAGCGUGAGGGUCUAAUGCUCGACUCCAGUGAAGAACUAUACAAAUGGUUCACAGGACAGGUUAUGCGCAAUCUUCAUGUUGUAUUCACAAUGAAUCCAUCAACAGAUGGGCUUAAAGACCGAGCUGCUACUUCUCCAGCCUUGUUCAACAGAUGUGUACUUAACUGGUUUGGAGAUUGGUCUAAUGGUGCUUUGUUCCAGGUUGGUAUGGAAUUUACCAAUCGUAUUGAUUUGGAUAAGAUGAACUGGCAUCCUCCGGACUACUUCCCUGUAGCAUUUGAACGUUUGCCAGUACCCCCAUCUCACCGUGAUGCUAUUAUUAAUGCCUUCGUGCAUGUUCAUCAGACACUGCACCGAGCAAAUGCACGUUUAGCCAAGCGUGGAAGUACUGUGAUGGCUAUCACGCCAAGGCAUUACCUGGAUUUCAUUAACCAUUUUGUGAAGCUGUAUAAUGAAAAGAGAUCAGAGCUUGAAGAGCAACAGCUUCAUCUAAAUGUUGGUUUAGGCAAAAUUGCUGAGACAGUAGAACAGGUAGAACAAAUGCAGAAAUCUUUGGCUAUUAAAAAUCAAGAGCUGCAGGCUAAGAAUGAAGCUGCCAAUUUGAAGCUAAAGCAGAUGGUGAAGGAUCAGCAAGAAGCAGAAAAACAGAAGGUUGCCAGUCAAGAGCUGCAAGAACAGCUUGAAGCCCAAACAGAAGGUAUUAGUAUUAAACGUGAGGAAGUUAUGAAGGAUUUGAGCAAGGUGGAACCUGCUGUACAAGAUGCCCAGAAUGCUGUUAAGAGCAUUAAGAAACAACACUUGGUUGAGGUUCGAUCAAUGGCUAAUCCUCCUCCAAUGGUAAAAUUAGCCUUGGAGUCUAUCUGUCUUCUUCUUGGUGAAGCAACAUCUGACUGGAAGACUAUAAAGUCUAUUAUCAUGAAGGACAAUUUCAUUAGCACUGUUGUCAAUUUCAACACUGAUGACUUGCCUGAUGAUAUCAGAGAAAAGAUGAAGAGCAGAUACCUCAGUAACCCAGACUACAACUUUGAGAAGGUAAAUCGUGCUUCUUUGGCUUGUGGCCCAAUGGUGAAAUGGGCUAUUGCACAAAUAGAAUUUGCUGAUAUGCUGAAGAGGGUAGAACCUUUAAGGAAUGAGUUGCGUAGCUUAGAAGAUAUGGCAAAUGAAAACAAGAAAAAGCAUGAAGAUGUAAAAUCAUUCAUCAAUCGCCUGGAGCGCUCCAUUGCUGCAUAUAAGGAUGAAUAUGCUGUGCUCAUCUCUCAGGCCCAAGCCAUCAAGACAGAUUUAGAAAAUGUGCAGGCCAAGGUAGACCGUUCUAUGGCUCUCAUUAGGAACUUGAGUAUUGAGAAGGAUCGCUGGGCUGCAACAUCAGAUACAUUCAAAUACCAAAUGUCAACAAUAAUUGGUGAUGUGUUGUUGUCAUCUGCAUUCUUAGCUUAUGGUGGAUACUUUGAUCAGCAGUUCCGUGAGAAUUUGUUCACUAACUGGUGCCAUCAUCUCCAGCAAGCAAGCAUCCAGUUCCGUGGUGAUAUUGCUCGAACUGAAUAUUUGUCAAAUCCAGAUGAAAGACUGAGGUGGCAGGCAAAUGCACUUCCUGCUGAUGAACUCUGUACAGAGAAUGCAAUUAUGCUGAACAGGUUCAAUAGAUAUCCACUGAUCAUUGAUCCAUCUGGCCAAGCUACAGACUUCAUCAUGAAUGAGUUCAAGGACAGAAAAAUAACUAAGACCAGCUUUUUGGAUGAUUCCUUCAGAAAGAAUUUGGAGUCUGCACUUCGAUUUGGUAACCCACUGCUGGUACAGGAUGUAGAGAAUUAUGAUCCAAUUCUCAACCCUGUAUUGAAUCGUGAACUGAGGAGGACUGGAGGACGUGUACUUAUAACACUUGGAGAUCAGGACAUUGAUUUAUCUCCAGCAUUCACUAUAUUCCUGUCUACACGUGACCCAACUGUGGAGUUUCCUCCUGACAUAUGUUCUCGUGUUACAUUUGUCAAUUUCACUGUGACAAGAUCAUCACUUCAGUCUCAAUGCUUAAACCAAGUUCUUAAGGCAGAACGACCUGAUAUUGAUGACAAGAGGUCCAACCUCCUCAAAUUGCAGGGCGAGUUCCAGCUCCGCCUGAGGCAGUUGGAAAAGAACUUGUUACAAGUACUGAAUGAUGCUAAGGGCCAAAUUCUGGAUGAUGAUUCUGUGAUUACAACUUUGGAGACACUCAAGAAGGAAGCUGCAGACAUCUCAUUGAAAGUGCAGGAAACAGAUAAGACGAUGAAUGAAAUUGAAAUGGUUUCACAGCAGUAUCUUCCACUGUCUACUGCAUGCUCCAGCAUCUACUUUACCUUGGAUGCUCUCCAUCAAGUUCACUUUCUGUACCAGUACUCACUGCAUUUCUUCCUUGAUGUGUUCACUGAUGUUCUUUCCAACAAUCCAAACAUCAAAGACCAAACAGAUUAUGCUCGUAGAUUGUCAAUCAUAACGAAUGAUCUCUUCCAGCUGACAUACACACGUGUUGCACGUGGAAUGGUGCACACAGAUCAGCUUGUCUUUGCUAUAUUAUUAGCACGCAUUCGUCUUCGUGGUGUGACAUCAGAGUCAUCGUAUGAUUCAGAAUUCCAAUUCUUGUUGAAGAGCAAAGAGGGUCUUUUAAGCUCGAAUAUUUCGGCCAUGCCUGGACUCACACCAGAACAGACAGAUUCAAUGUUAAGGCUGAGUAACAAAGUGCCAGCUUUUGGUAAUGUGGACCGGUUUGUGGGAAACAAGGAUUUCCAGAACUGGCUUGAGUCUGCAACUGCUGAGCUGAAUGUUCCAACCAUUUGGGAAACGGAGAAACAGCUCACACCAAUUGGUCAGUCCAUGUACCAGGUGUUAGCUAUUCAGGCAUUCAGACCUGAUAGAUUGUGUGCAGCAGUUAGCAUCUUUGUGAAUAAUGUGUUGGGGGAUGGUUUCCUAGCCAUUGGAGAACGCGAGGUAGAUAUGGCAGGAAUAGUUGAGAAUGAAGUGAAAGCCAGUACUCCAGUACUCAUGUGUGCUGUUCAAGGCUUUGAUGCUUCUGCAAGGGUUGACGAUUUAGCUACUGAGCGGAACAAGCCAAUUACGGCUAUUGCUAUUGGAUCAGCUGAAGGCUUCAGUCAGGCAGAGAAAGUAAUCAACUCUGCAGUUAAAAAUGGAAGGUGGGUGAUGCUGAAGAAUGUUCAUCUAGCUCCUGGCUGGCUUGUUCAGUUGGAAAAGAAAUUGCAUUCACUACACCCUCAUCCACAGUUUCGUCUGUUCCUCACCAUGGAAAUUACUCCUCGUUUGCCAGUUAACCUCUUGCGAGCUGGUCGUGUAUUUGUCUUUGAGCCACCACCUGGUGUGAGGGCUAAUUUGAUGCGAACAUUUAGCACAGUACCAGCAUCUCGUAUGAUGCGUGCUCCCAGCGAGCGUGCACGACUGUACUUCAUCUUGGCCUGGUUCCAUGCCAUCACUCAGGAACGGUUGCGCUAUGCUCCUCUUGGCUGGGCUAAAUACUAUGAGUUCAAUGAGUCAGACUUGAGGGUAGCUUGUGAUACACUUGACACUUGGAUUGAAGCUACAGCAAUGGGACGAACAAAUCUUCCACCUGAAAAAGUACCGUGGGAUGCUUUGGCCACCCUAAUGUCCCAGUGCAUCUAUGGUGGUAAAAUUGAUAAUGAAUUUGAUCAGCGACUCCUUACUUCAUUCCUCUCAAAGCUGUUUACACCAAGGAGCUUUGACCCUGAUUUCCCAUUGGUCUCCAAUGUUGAUGGCAUUGAGGGUGAGAAUAUUACCAUGCCAGAUGGUAUCCGAAGAGACCAGUUCCUACAUUGGAUUGAAAAUCUUAGUGAUCGCCAGACUCCAUCAUGGCUUGGACUGCCAAACAAUGCUGAGAAGGUUCUCCUUACCACCAGAGGUACUGACAUGCUGAGCAAAUUGUUAAAGAUGCAGGUACUGGAGGAUGAUGACGAGUUAGCCUACGGAGGAGAUGAGACCCCUGGCACUGAGCGCAAGAACGUGGAGGGUCGACCAUCAUGGAUGGUGACACUUCACCAGUCUGCUGUGACAUGGCUCUCCCACUUACCAGAGUCACUUAGCACAUUACGUCGUACUUUGGACAAUAUCAAAGAUCCCUUAUAUCGUUACUUUGAACGUGAGGUCAACUCUGGAGCGAAGUUGCUUCGUAUUGUGAGAAUUGAUCUAAGUGAUGUCCUACUCAUCUGCAAGGGCGAGAAAAAGCAAACGAACUACCAUCGCACAAUGGUAAGUCAGCUAGUGAAAGGCAUCAUUCCUGAUCAGUGGAAAGCAUACACAGUCCCUCGUGGAGCAACUGUCAUCCAGUGGAUUACAGACUUUUCACAGAGAGUUAGACAGCUUCAAGAAAUUUCUCAACAGGUUGCUCAGUUUGGCGCUACAGAACUCAAGAAUGUUACAGUAUGGCUUGGAGGCCUCUUCAACCCUGAGGCUUAUAUUACAGCCACAUGCCAAUGUGUUGCUCAGGCUAAUUCAUGGUCGCUUGAGGAACUUAUGUUGGAAGUUUCAAUUGCUGAUUCUGAAGGCCAGAUUACCUCUCGUGGGGGCUUCAGUGUAAAGGGUUUGAAGCUACAGGGUGCAGUAUGUGUUGAGAAUGCCUUGCAGCUGACUCCAACAAUUAUGACUGAUCUGCCCAUGGUCACCCUCCAUUGGGUGCAUGUAGAAGUCACAGAUACCAAUAAGAUAACUCUGCCAGUGUACCUUAAUGCCACAAGGACUGAUAUUCUCUUCACUGUAGAUCUUAACAUGGCUGCUAACCAGAGUCCCCAUAGCUUCUAUGAGAGAGGUGUUGCUUUGUUGGCAUCUGUCAGUCUUAACUGAAGUUCAUAUUAAAUUCUUGUUUGUAUUUAUAUAUAUUUAAUUAUUUGGGCCUUGGGCAAGAGUUAAUUGAAAUUUUAUUUAUUCUAUAAAGGAUGAAAUAGACUCGACCCUUUCACUGUCAGUCCCGUAAUAUUACUGCUUGCAAGCCAGUGUCGAUCCCGUAAUACUACGCCAAAAUUCUAGCGCCUUCAUAUCUGGUGGGAGAAAACUGGUAGGUCUACAUGCGAGAGAAUGGGUUUGUGUGCACAGUAUAAAAAAAAUCCUGCAGCACACAGUGCAUAAUGAGAAAAGAGGACUCCGUGUUUUUGGCUUAAAACACCAACUUUGCGGUGUAUUUUCGUGUGGUAUUUAUAGCUGUAUUCUUGUUUUCUUGGUCUCAUUUGAUAGAAUGGAAGAUAUAUUACAGAAAUAGAGAUGAUUUUGAGUAGUUUUCUGACUAAAAUUACCUUAAAAUUGAACUCAAAAUAGCAGAAGUGUUCGAUUUUUGCUGAUGCUCAAGAGUUGACAAAUCACGCCACACAUACAAUUCACGUCAACUGGUGGGUGUAAUAUGCUUUCACAAAUGUGCUGAUAUUAUUUAUACCAUUUUUACAAUAUUGCCGUAGUCUGCAUAAGUCUUUUAAUUUUUUGUGUGAAUGAAAAUUCAAAAUGGAAAGCAAGCAUAAUAUAAGAGGGGCCUGGAGACAUGACUAAUGAACAGAGAGUUAUUUUAGAGCUAGGAAUGUUUACAUUGUUAAUUUGGACCCUGUUUUGAAAUUGGCCUUGAAUUGUGUAUGAAAUUGGCCAAAUUAACAAUUUCUGAUCACUUUAUUGGAUAGUUGAAAUCAGUAAAUGGGCGCUUUAUUGCAUUCAAUCGAUAGAACAAAUGGAGUUCUAGUGAAAUAGCUACAAGUUUGGUCAACUGGAGCAAUGGUAUUGGCUGAAAAUAGGGCUCAAAGUGGGUUAAAGUUGGUGAUGCGUAAAUAUUGCCUAGACCGCUAACUUCACAAGAGCGUUAUUCUGUAAGUUUUCUCAUCAAAUUUUGUACUUUUGGUGUCCUUACAAUCUGGAAAAGAUUCUCUAUCAUUUCCUAAGAAAAAAUAAUUUUUUUUUUUAAUUCUUCGACACUGAGAGCAAGUUUGUGAGCAGGGGUCUCGUUUGUGAAAGGGUUAAAGAAGUUUCUAGUCUUGACGUUUUUGAUCAUUCCAUUUACAAUAAAUUAAGAAUUACUUUAAAGUAUAAUUGAUAUAUUCUGAGUUCAAAACUAAUCAUCAGCAAGAAGAAAAAUUGCUAGUAAAAUUUACUUGCUAGUAUGUUACAUUUGUCUGAAACAAAUCAUGAGCCUACAAAUUGGAAAGAAUGUAAUAAUAUUCAAUAAGGACACUAUAAUGGCUCAUUAAUAAUUAAUUGUAUUUGUAACACCUAAAUAAAAAAUUUAAAACCCA